GCCGCCUUGGGCCGCGCAUGCGCCGCAGCUCCCCUUUCGACCCAGCCCAGCGUCUCCCUGAGGUCGGGGCCGUCAUGGCGGCCCGUCCGGUCCUGAGGCCCGCCCUCCUCCGGGUCGGGCAGCGCACCGCACGGGGCUCAUCGCCUCCACAUGCAUGUCGUGGGGUGGGACAGACUGGUCUUGGUGGAGACUUGGCCCUCGGCCGUCGUCGCUGGGCCUCCACCCUCAGCGAAGCGUUGGGCGAGGGAGCCCCGCCAACCCGCGCGCCCGACUUCGACUGGUUCUUCGGCUUCGAGGAGGCGCGGGGGCUGCUGCUGCCCUUGCUGGAGGAGGGAGCGGAGCCGUCGUCCUCGUCCUCGUCCUCGUCGCCCCCGGCCCCGCUGGGCGUGCUGGACGUGGGCUGCGGGACGUCGGGGCUGGGCCCGGGCCUGUACGCCCACUGCCCGCUGCCCCUCGACGUGCUGGCCGUCGACGUCGACGGCGACGCGGUGGCCCGCGCGAGGCGACUCUUCGAGGCCGGAGGACGACGGCCGGUGCGGGCGGGCCAUCCCGCCUCCCGCCUGCGCUUCGCGCGGGCCGACGGCCGCGCCCUGGGCCCCGCCUGCCCGCCGGCCUCCCGCCACGUGGUGGUGGACAAGGGCACGUGGGACGCCGUGCGGCGGGCCGACGGGCCGGCGGGGGCCGAGCGGCUGCUGGCCGAGUGUCUGCGGGUGCUGCGGCCCCGCGGGACCCUGGUGCAGCUGACCGACGAGGACCCGGACGCCCGCCUGCCCUGCCUGGAGCGGCGGGCGGGGCGCCGCCCCGUCACCGUCCACCCGCUGGGACCCUUCGGGGGCGUCGCCUACUUCGCCUACCUGGUCCGGCCGCUUCCGUGAGCACGCUUGCCCGGCCUGCCCCGUCCUCGCGGGCCCGGGGACGACGGGCGGGUGCCGCCGCGGGUUCGCCCCGGGCGGGGCCGGUCACGGCUCGCUGCCGUCUCCUGCUUCCCCAAGCGCCUGCUACGGCGCUCUGCACACGGGUGGCCCUUAAUAAAGACGAACCGACGGGUC